AUGAAGAGCGAUGCUUCCAGCAACAACAGCAGCAACAGCAGUGGUGACGAGUCGAAUGAUGGAGUGGAUAUGACACAGAUCCGGUAUACUACUACUACAGAUGAGAAUUCACAAAGACGACGACGACAAGGGCACGUCAUGGUGUUGCUCCCACUGACGACCAUCCACGACGAUACCCGUGAAUUGGUGGAGUUUCGUCUGUACGUGGAAAUGGCAGCCUUCUUGGCGUUUACGCAUUUGCAAACACGGGAUGGGAGUGUAUUACCCUUUCUUCCCGAUCGACUGCAAGGCUGUGAUUUCGAUUUGACGUAUCGUCAUCACGAUACGCGAUUCUCGGCCAUUCAAGCAUCGCGACAAGUCGUCAGCAGUUAUCAAAACACAAUAGCAGAACAAGACGACGACAACAGUACUACUACAGAUACUCCCCCAUUUUGCAUUCUGGGCGCGGCUCGAUCGGUAGUAUCGCAAGCCGUGAGUUAUUUGGGCUCGGGUCUGGAACUGCCGCAAGUGAGUUCCUCCAGUACAGCGUCGUCGUUGGACGACAGUCCCUUUUUUGCCCGCACCGUUCCCGUGACGGGAGAUGCCGAAGCCAUGGUCUAUUACAUGCGACAAGUAUUUGGGGUCACCCACGUCGGACUCCUGUUUAUUGACGAUACGUGGGGACGACGCUACGAAACCGAUAUUACCGUGGCGGCAGAAAAAUACAACAUGACGGUCCGGACCGUCCCCUUUGCCAAUGCCCUCGAGAAUCGAGAUGCUACCGUCAUUCUCGACAAUGCCAUGCGACAAUUGCAACAAACACAACUCCGCUAUUUCAUUGCCGCACUCAGUCCCAGUACGUGGCGGCCCGUCGUCAAAGCGGCGUAUCACUAUCAACUCAUGGGUAGUACACAUCCUACUACUACUAGCGAUAGUAGUGAUGCCGAAUAUGUCUGGCUACUACCCGAUUUGGUAGAACUCGUGGGAGACAGCUUUUCUUUGGACGCCGACACCGAACUGGAUAUUGCCAAUGCAUUACACGGAGUGGGAGUUGUCAAUAUGGGAAUGACACCGCAUUCGGUACUCGAUGCCAAACUGGCAGACGCUAGCCACAAUCCACAAUUCCAACAAGACUUUAUCCGUCAUCACGAUGAACCUCAACUAUUGCAAGAUUUUAACUUUUCCACCCCGAUUCGAUCCCUCUAUCAGUAUUUGACGUACGAUGCCAUGAUGGCCAUUGGCAUUACCGCCUGUGAAACACCGGGACUCUUUACGGGACAACAGUUUUACAAUCAACUCCUCCAAAUUGAUUUUGAAGGCGUCACGGGACGCGUCCUGCUCGAUCCAAAAACGGGUACUCGGGCCGGAGCCGACUUGCAAUUCCCCAUUGUCAAUUUGAUUUUACAACACAACGCCACGCAAAAAGGACGAAUAUCCUUUACACCGCAAGUCGCCGCCCAAGUUGAUCUCUUGACAUCGUCCACCACACCCGUCAUUCAAAUCUUCCAUCCCUUUCUCCACAGCAACAACUCGACCCAACCACCACCGUCCCUGCCACCCUUGCACGUCAAUCGUCAUUUAAUACCCAAUGGAGUGUUAUUUUUUGGAAUUGCCUUGGCAAUUGUGGUCAUGUUGCUGUCGGUAGGGUUGGGAAUUUGGGUGCUCGCCAACAAGAGUCUCUACAUUAUCCGAGUGGGACAGCCCAUUUUCUUGGUGCAACUGUGUUUUGGAACCUUCCUCGUGGCACUCACAAUCAUUCCGCUGGGGUGGCAAGAAGACAAACCGGGUUUGGAUGCGGCGUGCAUGGCCGUGCCAUGGUUGUUCUGUAUUGGCUAUGCCAUUGCCGUAUCGGCACUCUGGUCCAAAGCAGAACGCAUCAAUCAACUACUCAAUUCCGGACGCAGUUUUCGACGGCUCAAUGUGCAGCCCAAGGAUGUCAUGAAAUCCACUCUGAUCUUGUUGGGGACCAAUCUGAUCUUAUUAACCGCCUGGACAAUAUCCCCCUGGAAACUCAGUUGGCAUCGACAAAACUUGUCGGGAAACAAUGUGGAUUCGUUUGGACGGGCGUUGGAAUCCUAUGGAGCCUGUAGACCGGACAGUCUGUUGCACUUGUGCUUUACCGUCCCGUUGAUUCUGACCAACCUGGUAGCAUUGCUCAUGACAACCUAUCACACGUACCGGGCCCGCAAUUUGCCAAUGGAGUUUUCGGAAACGUUGUAUUUGUUCAUGUCCUUGAUCAGUGUCUGUGAAACGAUCCUUCUGGGUGUCCCAAUCAUUUUUGUGGUCUUUGGUAACCCAUCGGCAUACUACUUGAUUGCCUCGAUUGUCCUCAGUAUCGGUUGCUUGGCCAUUAUAGUGCCCAUGUUUCUUCCCAAAUAUCUCCAACGGCAUACCAAAGCUCCCAAAGGGCGAGCUUCCUCUCAGGAUUUGUCCCGCCUCCAAGCCCGCAGCGGCCUUGGAUCGGAAGCCUCGGAACACCAGCGCCGCCAGCAAUCUGGUACGAGGUUUGUGGCAAUACUCGGAGACAAGAAUGGUUCCAGUAGAGAAAUUGACUCACUUCGCCAGGAGCUCAAGCUGAUACGAGAUGGAAGCAAGAGAGGGCUGGAUAACAGUUCCAAUCCAGAAUUCCCGUUUAUGAGCAAAGAGCAUCCUGUCUUUUCCGACGAGCUGAAUACCCCUUCCCAGCAUUGA